AUGAUGAACUCAACUUUCGAUAAUUUUACCAGCGUCUUAUCAAAAACAUACAAAUCCCCUUCUCCUAUAUCCUAUCGUUUUCAAUUGAAAAGUUCUCUAUCAAAAUCUCCACGAAAGCAAAAAACUCCUAAAAAUCUCAAAGAAUAUACUCUUGAUGACUUUAAAUUUCCUGCAGUAUUAAGAAUAGCAUCACCGAAAACAAUAAGAAUCAAAACAAAAACCCCAUCUAGGCAAAGCAGAGGCUUAACUAAUGGACUUUGCGUACAAGGAAAAUGCGUUAGCACAAUGAGAGCUGCAUCAGCUCAUAUGGCGCUGAGCUCUUUUGAACUCCAGGAUCCAAAUAGAAGCAUCAAAAGCAGAUUGCUUGAAAAGCGAUCGAAAAACAGUGGACAAAUCGUGUUGAAUACAGAGCAGGAUGAAUUUAAAGUAUGGGGAGAAAAUUAA